AUGUACAGACAAAUCAAAGUCCAUAAAGAUGACUGGGAUCUUCAGAGGAUCUUUUGGAUGGAUGAACACUCCGACAUCAUCCCAUAUCAACUCAUAACAGUCACGUAUGGUACCAGAUCAGCUUCAUUCCUGGCUAUUCAUGCAAUGAUCCAGCUAGUCAAGGAUGAAGGUCAUAAAUUCCCUCUAGCUGUUAAUCCAUUAUUAAAAGGGACAUAUGUGGAUAACAUUUUACGAGGUGCUGAUACAAUUCCAGCGAACGACUCAUUCAAGUUCACCUCAAAACCUCCUCGUGAGAAGUCCAAGCUCACGAAGAGAAUCAUUUUAUCAGAAACAGCGCAACUCUAUGAUCCACUUGGAUUUCUAGCACCUUUCAUUGUCAGAGCGAAGAUUUUACUGCAAGACAUCUGGCUAGAUAAACUCUCAUGGAAUGAACCAGCCCCAGAUCACAUUAUCUCUAAGUGGAACAGUGUCAGAUCAGAACUCUCCCAUGUUUCAGACCUCUCAAUUCCACGGUGGUUAAAGAUUACUCAGAAAUCUACCGUGGAACUUCAUGGAUUUUCAGACGCCUCACAACUAGCUAUGGCAGCAGUUGUUUAUGUACGGUCAACUCAUCCAGAUCAUGGAACCUGUUCAACAAUAGUCUGCUUAAAGUCUAAAGUUGCUCCACUCAAGAAGAUGUCUAUUUCUAGACUAGAACUCACCGCAGCAUUGCUGUUUGCCGGACUAAUCACGUAUGUUAAAAGCAACUUAGUCGUUCAGCCAACUCAAAUGAAGCACCCUCUGUGGUGGAUAGGCCCACAGUGGUUAACAUCAGACGAAUCAUCAUGGCCAACUCAAUCAUUAGUGUACGAUUCUAAAGCUCAGCAGGAAGAGCGACUCAGGAUUACUUUAACUCAGACUCUGACAAUUCAACAUGAUUAUCAUUGGGAAAUGAUCUACAGACACGUUUGUCUAAUCAAAUUGUUCAGAGUGACUGCAGUUUGCUUUAGAUUCAGCCAACUCCUUAGACGAGUACCUCAGUCGCCUGUUACCUUCCCUCUUACGCUACAAGAAUUAGAGAGAGCAAGGAUUUUUCGGAUAAAGGCAACUCAAGAAUCGUACUCCUCACAAGAAAUGGAGCAGAUCAACUCAAACUCACUGCCCGUCUCACACCCCCUCGCACGUUUAACAGCAGUUAUUGAAACUCAAGGAGUUGUACGUGUUCAAGGGAGGUUAGCAAGUGCUAACUUGGACGAAGAAGCAAAGCAUCUUGCAAUUUUACCACAGAAAACUCAUCUUUCCAGACUAAUCAUUGCAGAUGCUCAUGAAUGA